CAAAAAAACAUUAGAAGAUGAUUUUCAUUCGCUGAUCAUCAGUGGAUUCUUGUGAUUUGUUUGAUUAGGGAUUAGGACAAUUAUUUGUUAUGUUUAGUUAUUCGUUUGUUAUGCUUCUUUUAGUAUAAAAAGUAUAAAUAGGGGUUAUCAGUCAAUUGUUUUUUACGGUUUUUAAUUGUUGGUUGGUUGUCAGCCCAGCAGUUUAUUUUGUGCUUUCCUGUACUGUAGCAAUUAAAUUUAGAUUUUUUCAAAACAUAUUAGUUUUAAAUUAAAAAUGAAUUUGUUUCUUCUUGCUGGUGAAGUUUUCUUCCUUGCAUUCUUGUUUGCCAGCAAAUAUUCAGCAGUAGAUGGCACGUACGAAAUUGAUGAGAGGUUCAGACAGCUGGUCAUCAAGUACAGUAAAAUGACCAGGAAUAAGAAUUCUGGAUUAAAAUUGCGUGAUUUCUCCUGGGAGGAUUGUGGUGACUCAACGUUUGCUGCUCGUUUCAAAUCAAUCUCGGUCAGCCCUGAUCCAAUACACCUACCUGGCAACAUCACCGUCAGCGGUAAGGGCACUCUUUCUAGGAGCAUCUCAUCCCCAAUCUUGGCUAGUGUUGUCUUGAAGAAAAAAAUAAUAGUCUGGGUUGAAGUUCCAUGCAUAGAACAUAGUGGCUCAUGUACAUAUGGAGACAUCUGUCAACUCUUGCAUCACCUACCGUGUUCAUCGAGUAGUAAUAAUAAUGAUAAAUAUUAUUAUAACAAUUUCAAUGGUGAUGUUGGGGGAAAUGGCUCACCCAAUUUCUCUUGCCAAUGUCCUUUUGCAGAGGGUUCAUAUGACAUUCCCCCAAUGACCUUUGCCAUAUUUGACCCUAAAAUUCCUUCAAUUCUUCUCGACGGGCAGUUUCAGGUCACUGUUCAUCUCUACGACGCUAUUGGGGAAAUCGCCUGCCUACAUUCGCAUUUCACUGUCGAGUGAUAAAAAGCUGUGUGUGUGUGUGUGUAUGUGUGUGUGUUGAAGUGUGUGCGCGCGUGUGUAUCUGUGUGUAUGUGAGAGUGUGUGAAUUUGUGUGUGUGUGUAGUGUGUGUGUGUGUGUGUGUGUGCGCCUAUGGCGAUUGUGAUAAUGUUAAUUGUAUAGUGAUAAUGGUAAUAAUGUUGAGAAGUUGUUGGCGAUAAAAUGUUGAUACGUUGAAACUGAUUGACGAUGCUUAUGUGCCUUAUACAAACAUUAUAUUCUGCUUGACUAUUUAUAUACACGUAGCUAAUCUAUUUUCACUUUCCAUUCAUAAAUGAUGAUCUGUAAAUUUCAUUUUCUGAUUUUUGACGAUCUUCCUAUUUUUAUAUUUUAUGUUUAUGUCUGUCUGUGUGUGUGUGUGUGCGUGUGUGUGUGCGUGUGUGUGUGUUUUCAUAUGUGUGUGUGUGUGUUUCCAUAUAUAUGUGUGUGUGUAUUUUCAUAUAUGUUUAUGGGUUUGUUUCCAUAUAUGUGUGUGUUUCCAUAUAUGUGUGUGUGCGUGUUCAUGUGUGUUUUUAUGACAUCAUUUCUAUGUGUUAUAUAAUAUUUUACCAAUUUAUUACUCUCAUUCAUGCAUCACGUUAACCAUGUUUUGUAAACCGUGUAACAAAAAUUUUCUUCUGAUCAGACUUUUAUUUGAUUGCUGCAUAACUUUUUAAUUACUAAAUCGUCAUAGCCUUACCGUUUCUAACUCUUUUUUCUCCAUAAUGACCGAUUUAAUUAUUGAUGGAUAUUCAUAGGCAAUGGAAAAUGACAGAUCAUUUAUUCGUUGCUAUAUUUUUUUAUUUUAAAAGAUUUGCUCUACGUGUAUGUGAUUGUUAAAUGAAUCAACUCUUUUUAAUCAAUUUCGCUAUUUAUCUGCUAGUGGCAGGAUAUUUUCUCUUAAGUACUCAAAUAUAUUCAAGGAGUUUCUAGAAAUAUUUCUACAGUAAUAAAAAUAAAACUUUUACCACU